AUGGGAGAACAUUCACCAAGUGACGACAAAGGUCCUACUCUACUUGUACUCACCUGCAUACUUACCUCUCUGGCUGUCGUGACCACUGGUUUGCGGUGCUGGACGCGAUGGGGCAACCGGCAGCUAGGCUUCGACGACGGAGCAAUGGCAGUGACCACUACCCUAGCGGUGGCCCGAAUGUCGAUACAAAUUGUCAGUGUCCGCUAUGGGAAUGGAAAGCACCGCGAAUUUGUUUCCGACGACGACUACCAGACUAUCAACAUGCUCACAUGGUACACACAAGUCUUGCUCUUUCCAACAAUCUGUCUGAUGAAGGUCUCGAUUUGCAUCUUGAUUCUGCGCAUCAAAGACACAAGACCUCUAAGAUACACCUUGGGCGCCAUCAUCACAGGACUAGUCCUGACCAACUUCGAAUGUCUGGUUGUACUGCUGGCUGAAUGCUCCCCCCUGAAAGCGUACUGGAACGGCACCUAUGCAGAUCAUUGCUGGCCCGCCGAAGUCCGGAUAUACAGUAUCUACCUACAAGCUUCAUAUGCCGUCGUCACUGAUGUGAUCUGUACUGUGCUGCCAAUCUACGUCGUAUGGAACGUACGCAUUCCAUGGUCGACUAAAGCUGCAGUCUGUGGUUUGAUGAGUAUGGGUUUGGUAGCUACGAUCUGCUCAGCCAUACGAGCGGCUUCUUUAGGAACAACUACGGACGACCUCUCGUACGCAUACUGUAUCGCUGCGAUUUGGGCAAACACCGAGCUCUUCCUUGGUAUAAUCGCCGCAAACCUCGCACUGUCUCGCUCAAUCUACAAAUACUUCACCGAGCGAGCAAAAACGUUGACUUCAAAUGCUUCCGGCUCAAGAACAACAAAUCUACGCAACAGCUUUGCGACUCCAACGCGCAUGGGCUACGUUAAAUCGCCCGAGCCUUCUUUGGCGUUCGAUAUGGGCGGAUCACCACGCAGCGAAGCCAGCGGUAUACCCCUACGACCAUACAAGAACGGAUCGACGUUCACAGAACUUGAUAGCUUGGAGAAAGAGUUGAGAUGA